CCCAGCUCAGCUUUGGAUUCUCUCUUCUCUCCCCAGCUCCUGGUUCUCCACUCCCGGUGUAAGAAAUCAGUCCAGGCCCCCAGCUGUGUUACAUGCUUCGGGUGCGAGCUGUGGUGAUGACCCGAGACGACUCGAGCGGGGGAUGGGUGCCCAUGGGCGGGGGCGGCCUGAGCCACGUCAUGAUCGGCAAGGUCCGGCGCCCAGAGGAGGGCGGGCGACGGCGCCAAUACCUGAUCUGCGGGGAGCGCCUGCGCGACCAGACCACCAUCCUGGAGUGCGUGCUGAAGAAGGACCUUGUCUACAACAAGGUGAACCCCAUCUUCCACCACUGGAAAGUUGGUGACAGCAAGUUCGGCCUGACCUUCCAGAGCCCCGCCGAUGCCGCAGCCUUCGAGCGGAGCGUGCAGGCCGCCCUGGAGGAGCUCGCCGAAGGUUCUCUCUCCUCCUCCUCCUCCUCUUCUUCCUCGUCUCAGGAUGACGCCGACAGGACGGAUGAUGCAGGGUUGAUGCACACGGAUAGCGAAUCCUCCUCGAACAGCCGGAAGGAAAUGCUCCCCAAACACAUCACCAUUGUGACCAGCGAGUCCUCCUCCAGCUGCUACAUCCGCUCGCCUGCCUCGGAGGAGUUUGCCUUCAGCACGGCCCAGGGGUCAACGCCAACCAGCCAGGGAGGGCAGGUGCAGACCCAGCCCCUGCAGCACGUGACCCUGCAUGACGAGGAGGAGCUGGAGAGCAUCAACCCGUGCAAGGACCUGUGGGUGAGCAAGGGCUAUGAGGACUACAGGCGGGCGGCGGUGCAGAAGCGGGAAGCCGAAGCCGACAAGGUCGGCAUGUGCGUGCACUUCGAGAAGGGCAGCAAGGAGCGCCGCUUCCCGGCAGCGGGGGGAGGCGGCGAGGGCCGCCUCAGAGACCCCAAGGGUUCCCCGUCCUGCCGGAUCCACGCCGCCCCUUCGCCCCCCAAGCAGAAGCACGCCAAGGAGCCGGGGGCCAGUGGCGGGGCGGGCUCGGAGGAAGACGCUGUGCCCUCCCGCUGCGUCUAUUGCCGGGACGUCUUUAACCAUGAGGAAAACGGGCGGGGCCAGUGCCAGGACGCGCCGGACCCCAUCGGGCGCUGCGUCUACCAGCUCACCUGCAUGUGGUGUGCCGAGAGCAUGCUCUACCACUGCAUGUCGGACUCGGAGGGCGAGUACUCGGACCCUUGCUCCUGCGACCCGGGACACCCGCACUUCUGCGUCCGCUGGAUGGCGCUGGUGGCUCUCUCCCUCGUCGUGCCCUGCAUGUGCUGCUACCUGCCGCUCCGCGCCUGCCACUGGUGCGGGGAGCACUGUGGCUGCUGUGGUGGGAAACACAAGGCCGUGCGGUGAAGCCAGCUGGCGUGCGGCGCUCUUCUUGGCUUGGCUGGGGGGAAAGAGAGGCAAGGAGAUGGAGGCAGAGUCUUAAGUGGCGGCAGGGGGUCUGAGUCCCCCUUCUCUUGCACGCCCCGCCCCCCGUGUCCCAUGUUUGGAGGGGGAGGGGCUAGGCGGUUUUAUUCCGAGUGUCGGGCAUGGCCGGUGAGUUUCAUUAUUUUUUUUCCUUUAAAAUUUCAACAUUUUGGGUCCUUUUUUAUAAAAAAUAAAUACAUGAAAAAGAAAUGAAAAAGAAAACACAAACAAAAUGAAUGAACGACAGUCUCAGGAGAGAUGCGUAGAUGGUCUUGGGGGGGGCAGUUUUAUCUCCUCCCUUCCUCCUAGCUAGGGGAGUGGGGGACACACACAGAAAAUUUAACCCCUCCUUCAUCCAAUCCAGCCAUGUCCACACACCUGUUUGUGUGUGUGUGGGGGGGGGGACCAAUAGUCUAUAUAACCCCCUCCUUCCUUUACCCAGCCUGGGUGAGUCACAGGGAUUUCUUUUCAAUUUUAAAAAAGGAAUACCAAGAACAACAGAAAGAAAGAAAAUAUCAUAAAUGGAUACUCGUUGGAUUUUUAUUUUGUACUCAGGAGGGAGUCCAGGGAGCAAGAGAAACUAAUUUGUGCUGAAAAUGCCCAUAUUUAAAAAAAAAACAAAAACAAAAACCCUUCCCUGCUGUAUUAUAUAGUAAACUGCAUGGGGAGAAGUUUGUUAACUUGUGGAACUGCCCACAACAUGAUUUUUCCACUGGAGCAUGGUCCAAGAUCCUGCAGCUUUAUAGCCGCACAAUACUGGGGUGUCCUUUUAACAAGGAUGAUGGGCAGACAGGGUUCGACUUACAGGGUACACAAGCUGCAGCAUCCCUCCAAUUUGUCCCCCAUGCUCACCCCCAAAUACAGUUCCUGUGGUUUAUUUCUGGGUCCCAGGCUGAACAAUGGGGCUCCCCUUCAAGUGUUUGGCGGGCGACCAUAUCCAGGGAAGUUAGGGAAGGGUUUUCUGCAGCUCCCCAUGUGACACCCCCUUCCCCGUUCAUGUCUGGCACCUACCUCUGUUUUACCCUAGUCACCACAGAGCAGAGAGCUUGUACAAUUCAGUCUCGUUCCCCGUGCUGUUCCCCUCUCUCCCGGCAGGAUGGGUAAGACCGCAAGGCCAGCCUAGCCCCCAGGGGCGAUGGAUUGGGGAGGCCUCUGGACUCCAUGGGAAUCUCCUCCCCCACCCUGUGGGCAAAGAUGGGUUGGGUUUUGAGCCCACCUAAUACCAUGCAGAGGGAGAUAGAUGCUGUAGGGGUACCACGCAAAAUCUCUUGGGCAAAGCACCAGUGGCAGGGCAGAGUAUACCUAGAUCAUAGCUUCUUAAGCCCAGCGUCUUAAGCCUGGCCUCCCUGUCAUUGGGGCAGGAUGGGAAGGGGAGUCAGAUCCUGAAACUGUUAUUUACGAGCUGUUGUAAUGUGGGGUCGUGGUGCUCACCCAAGUCCAAAACAAAUGGGAGUUGUGCGGCCACUGCGCUUUCUCUUUGUAUUAAACCCAUUUGGGACGUCUUACUGCCGAAAAGAGGAGCUGGAUUCCUAAGGAGUUUGGGGUGGAAGAAGUACUGGACUUGGGAGUCAGGACUCCUGGGUUCUCUUCCCAAAUCGGAGAGAGGGUAUGAUCUAGUCAGUGAGUUAGAGCAGGGGGGCUGGAAGCCAAUUCCCUAUUCCCAAUUUGGGGGGGGGGGGGAGGAGGGAUGCAGGAUGAUCUAGUGGAUUGGAUCUGUGGGACUGGGAGUCUGGACUUCUGGAUUCUCUUCUCUGUUCUGGGUGGGGAGUGGGGUCUAGUGGUUAGAGCAAGGGACUGGGAGUCAGGACUCCUGGGGUCUGUUCCCAGCUCUGCAACAGUCUUGCUAUAUAACCUUGGGCAGGUCAUUUAAUCCUGAUGUCCCUCUAGUCUCAUACCAUUCCUCCACCUCCCUGUCUGCACUGCCUAGCAGUGAAGUAUUAUCAAGCCUCCCUGAGGGAUGGGACAGGAGCUGACCCUGCCCUGGGACCUAGUGAGUGUGGAAUAGAGGGGCCGAUCUCUCCAAAUCCAAUGGGGGUGAAGCAGAGCUGCCUGAAAGCACUGUGAUCUCUGGCCCAGGGCCCCAUAGUCAGCGGGAGGGGAAGGGAAAGCAAAGAAAAUCAGGACCAGAAACCAGUGGGACCCUGGGAGUCUUACCCCAGCUGAGUCAUUACCCCCCGUCCUGUCCCACGCUCGCUGUUCAGGGGCCCCCUGUGUGACACAAGUUUGUUGGAGCUCAGCCCACCUCCCACCAGGACGAGGUAUCAGCCUUCCCACUGAGCACAACAGGCCCCACGUCCGCCCCUUGCUGCCAGGCGUGAAGUAAAGCCAGGUACCUCUGGCCAAGGGAAGCUCCUGGUCAGGUUCUUUUUAUAGCAGCUGCAUCCAGCUGACUCUGGGGUUGUGGGAGGAGUUUGCAACAAGCCCCACCUCUUAUUUAUUUACUUUUCUCAUUUUCCCCUAAGUUGGACAACUG